CCUACCUCAUGUCCUAGGUACCUAGAAAUUAUAGCUACCGAGGUCUUCAACUUUCCAUCAUCCUCUCAUACAAUUAUACUCCAACAACAUCACCAACAAACUUCAAACCUCUAAACACAUACUCCCCAUACUCAGUAAUAAUAAUCACCUUAUAACAUCCAUGGUAAAAACCUAACCAGGUUGUGCAAUUAGCACUUCAAAAUAAAUAAAUAAAUAAAUAAAAGAAAAAAACAAAGAAAGAAAGCAAAAAAGGUUCAACCAAAUCAGCCCCAAGAUGCCUGCUGAUAAUCUACUAGCAACAGCCUUACGGGCUUUCCAAAGAGCAUCAGACGAUGGCGACACGGGCAAGAUCUUCGCUACUACGACAUCACUUCUAAUAAAUCUCAACAAUCCUCUUAACUUAUCUCUACUUACCUCCCACUUCCUUACCGCACGCGCCAUAUGGGAGUCCCCCGACGGGCUAAGCACUUGCCUGCGUGUCAUGAGCAUAUACAACACCGCCGCCAUCCACAUACGGAAGAACGAAGUAGACAACGCGAAUGCACCCACUGGUGUGCUACCGGUCGGGAGUGGUCUUCGCAGCGACGAUUGGACACGCGCAAUUGUAAAAGGGGCCGAUAGUAAAUCGAACCGAUGGCUGCAUGUAUUGGUGUUGGCCGGCAUUUUGAUGGGCAUGGAAGGCGACGACAGGAGAUCCUUGUCCCGCGGUUUACGAUCAACACUAGAACAAGCCGUUGUCACUGCUGCAAACUUGGCACUUGAGGACCAGAUACAAACCGGAGUUCUGGGUCGUGGUGCUGUCGUUCUAGCAUUGGUCUUUACCUUCCCAAUCAUUUCGAACUCGGCCAAGUCGCUGCUCAAUGGCAACGUUCUCGUGCCUGCGGUCGUCGAGGCGAUGCUGGGUGAAGAAGGGCUCCAGCAAGGCGACUAUAUCUCAUCCAUCACACGCGAUAUCACCACGACCGGUCCCAAACAGGAUAUAAUAUGGAACGUCAACUCGAUUUCCGUUGCUCGUCUCCAAAUGCUAGAGUCUCGUCCCCUUUCUCAAAAUUUGGGCCCCCUGGCACUGCUCGCGUCCUUCGCCGUUCAGCAUGCCACAGACUAUAAUUCCAUCCUUCAGGCGCACGAACAACUACUCGGCUUCACGGCGGGGCUGUUAAAUAGAUGGUCUCUAUGCCCACUAUCUUCCGUCGACCUAUUCGCUGAGACCAAGCUCCUUACAGAAGAGACGCGUAGGGGCCCUCUUCCCAUGCUGUGGGAGCUAUUGAAGAAGACCAUGUAUGCCGUGAUCGCGACACUUCAGCCCAUAGUCGGUCGCUCUCUACUAGAUCCACAUAUCAGGAAUGAUAGAAUAGCCCCAGUAGUGGCUACUAAGACGUUGCACAUUCUGCGCAACCUCUCCUUCAUAUCGACGCGUCAAGGUGCUGGUGCUUUCCAGAUGUAUGCAUUUACAUAUCUAACAUCUCUCGAUAUCAUCACUCGCUACCCCGAUGCCUGCGUCACCUUCUUGCAAGAGACAAGCCCGCCACUGCCGCAGACUGGCAAUGAUGUUCCAUCACCCUCCAUACAGGCCUUAACCCUCUUCUACCUGAACACUGCCGAACACCUUACUCUCUCUCUCCCCACCCCUGCCUGCGAAACCCUCAUCAUCACUCCCGCAACGGCUUACCUCUCCCCUACAUCGUGGCUGACCAGCCCGGCCAACAAUCCCCCCUCAUCCCUAACCCUCGAGCUCUUUGAGGCAUCCCACUCCUGCGUGCUCUCCGCGCUUUCGUGUCCUCAGCACGGCUCGCUCGCUGCCAUGAUAGUCCCUUUCUACAUCGACUGCCUACUCACCUCCUUCCCCUCACGCAUCUCUCCACGCCAAUUCCGCCUCGCCUUCAGCACCGUCAUGCAGAUCGUCAGCCCCCCCUUCCCCGUCUCCGCCACUCACCCCGAGCUCGCCGAGACGCUGCUCGAGAUGCUUCGGUUCCGCUCCGCCGAGGGCGCCUCCACCGCCCCCUUACUCCCUCUCAACGGACAAACAGGCCCCAACAACAACAAUGACGAAGCCAUCUCGGAACAAGCCGCCCUCGUCCUCGCCCUUGUCGACGCCCUCCCCUCCGUGCCCCUCCCCGCCCUCGAAGAAUGGCUCACCCGGGCCGCCGAGGCCAUGAACGCCAUCGCCGACCCGACCCUCCGCAAGAUCGUCCGCAGCUGCUUCUGGGACGUCCUCGUCAACGGCCAAAUGGACGUCGAGAGAUCUGCCAUCGGUGUCGCCUGGUGGGGCACCCACGGCGGGAGGGAGAUGGUGGCCUUGGGGUACCCGCGCCCUGCUGCUGCUGUGGACGGCUUUGUUAUGAGUGGUGCGUUGACGCAGCGUGUAGAGGAGGAGGGGCAGGCGAAGGAGAUGAGUAGGCUGUGAAUGUGUACCUAGGGACCCUAAGCCAGGAACGAACGUAGGUGCCUGGGUAGGUGGUAAUGAUUGCAUUUCAAGCGUUGUUGGUUUUGGUUUGUCCCUGUACCUGCGUACCUGAGUAACCUAACCUACCUACCUACCUAGGUACUUGGAUGUUUAACCUACUUAUUUGUCUAGGUUAGGUAGGUGCCGCUCUACAUUACAUGUAAGCAGUAAUAUAACGAAUGUCGUCUACAAAUUAAAAUAACGCGUGUCGUGUCGUGUCGUGUCGUGUCUACUUACAUGAAGGUACCUACCUACCUACGUAUAUAUGUAACCUACAUAUGUACAUAAAUGAGUACCUACACAUACAUACACACCUAAAUGUGUUGAUUUCAUGUCCCCAAAAAAAUUCUUCCUCCUUUUUUUCGGGUUUAUUUAUUUUUUUUCUUUUCUUUUCUAUCUUCCUUUAGCUACCUACCUACCUAC